AUGAUUGGGGCGUCCUACUGCUGUCACGUGACCUUGCUGAUACUGCUGCUGGUGCCGAGCCUUACCUUCGCUAAUAUCAACACAGCUUCGAUUUCACCACCCUCUUCUUCAUCAUCGUCUGCGCCGCUAUCACGGUCCUCACACACAGAAUCGCCUUUAUCAGAAACAUCCCAGUCACUUCCAGCAACGUCAACAGUGUCAUCCAGUUCACGGACGUUGUCGCAACAUUUUCAGCCGUCAUCAUCAGACACGAACAUUUAUCCCAGUGAUAGCCAAACAAAUUCAUUUUCACACAUAAGCGACCAAUUAAAGCACAAGACGCCACAAGAAACCUCGCCCACAACUGUUAAUAGCCAAUUAAGUGUCACACCACUUACUAGUGUCCAAUCAGACAGCAGUUUACAAUCUGAAACCCCGCCUUUAUCGAUUGUCAUGAAAACAUCUGCCACAAAUUCGGCCCAGCAUCAACAGAUAUCACAGACAAAUGGUUCACCUUUGCAGAAACGUGAGCAGUUCAAGAUAUCAGUGAAGAAUAAAAAUAUGCUCAAAGCAGUUGAACAAUUAUUUUUGAAAAAUAACGGACUCGAAAAGAGGCCAAAGGUUAGCCCAGACUACGCAGUUCCGGAAUACAUGCUGGAUUUGUAUAAGGCGCAAACGGAAGUCUCCAGAAAGCGAAGCAAAUAUCUCAAACUCAAGGGCAAUGGCGCCAUUGCUGCAAAUACAGUCCGUAGUUUUCUGCAUACAGACGCUGACAGCAAGAGGUGCCAGCAGCCGCUAUGCUCCAGGGUUCACUUCGACAUCAGUGGACUCCCGAAGGCUGAGACCCUUACGGGUGCAGAGCUGAGAGUCUACCUGGCCCCUAGAACCGAUCGACAGGCCGCGGGUCCUGGGUCGGCCACAGACCCCAGUCUUGGGGCACUCCAGUCCAGUCAUAGUUCUACCUCAGUCGACGAUGUCGCUUCAUAUCGGGUUGAAGUGCACGAAAUUAUGCGACCGGACUCAGAAGAUGGUGAUGCCUUCACAAGACUAAUCGACACCCAGGUGGUCUCAUACCAAGGGAACUCCAGCUGGCAGAGCUUCGACAUCCGUCCCGCAGUAUUAAAGUGGAAACGGGAGGACAAACACAACCACGGACUAGAAAUUAGGUUAGUGGGUCAGAUCCCAGGGACGCCAUCUUCCUUACUUUCAACAGAUAAUCAUGUUCGGAUACGCAGAUCCGUCGACGUCUCCGAGGGCGAGUGGGCACUGCAGCGUCCGCUGUUGGUGGCCUUCACGGAUGACGGCUCCUCGCCCACCUCCUCAAAACCAAUCAGACUGACCAGAUUAAAGCGGAACAGACGCCAAACUUCAGAGGGCGAUAACAAAAAACAUAAAAAAGGUAAAAAGGAUAAAAAGAAGAAGAGGAAAAGAAAGAAGAAAGGAAAUAAAAAUAUUUGCCAAAGACAUGGUCUGUAUGUAAAUUUUAACGACGUUGGUUGGGACGACUGGAUUGUGGCUCCUACAGGUUACAGCGCCUACUAUUGUCACGGAGACUGCAUGGCUCCUCUGCCACAUUUCACCAAAGCCUCCAACCACGCCAUGCUCCAGGCCAGGGUUUACAAAGUCAGCCCCGGCUCGGUGCCCAUGGUCUGCUGUGUUCCCAGCAAGAUGUCUUCAAUCUCCAUGUUGUACCGGGACGAGAAAGGGCGCACGGUGCUCAAGAACUACCAGGACAUGUCCGUAGACGAGUGCAGCUGUAAGUGA